ACCCCCACUACCACUACCUUCAUAAGCAGUCUAUUCUGGUCUAUUACUCUAUUCCAGUCUGUUCCAGUCUAUUCUAUGUGUCGAAAUCUGUGGAGGUUAACCAUGCUUCAAGUAUUCUGUCAUUCGAUGCGCACGAUUCGACUGCUCAGAAGGAACACAAGAAUCGUUCGUGUGUCGAAUGUGAGACAUUUGAAUCUGCUAGAAUAUCAGAGCAAGGAGCUUUUACGAGACUCCGGUGUGUCGGUGCAGAACUUUGCUAUUGUUGAUGACCUAACCAAAACAAAUUCCGCCUUGAAAAAACUACACGCCAAUGAAUUUGUUAUUAAGGCUCAAGUCUUAGCUGGUGGUCGUGGGUAAAGGCUGGUUUGAUAAUGGAUUCAAGGGUGGAGUACAUCUUACC